UUCACUUUGAAUAGUCACAAGACCUCUCAGCUGAGUCUGUCUUCCAAUUUUCUGUUUUCGGAAGAAAAUUUCUCUCAAUAAACUCCCUAUUGUGAGAGGUUUGUUUUUCUUAUAAUAUUAGCCAAAAUGGCUAACAUAAACGAGGAGAAUGUUAGCAAACUUAUCCCCACGCUGGGUGAUGAUAAAAUUGAUAUGAUUGCCGCUACAAGCGUAUUACAAAUAAGGGCGAGUGAAAUCCGUCAAAGUCAAAUAAACUGGCAAUCUUAUUUGCAAUCGCAGAUGAUCACCCAACGUGAUCAUGACUUCAUUGUUAACUUAGACCAGCGUGGACAGAAAGACUUGCCUGAUAAGAAUCCUGAUGUAUGUGCUGAUGUAUUCCUGAACCUGCUCACCCAUAUCAGCAAAGAUAAUACCAUCCAGUAUGUCCUGGUCUUAAUUGAUGACAUUCUCUCUGAAGAUAAAUCUAGGGUGAAAAUAUUCCGUAACGCCAAACACGGCAAUGUCUGGCAGCCAUUCCUUAACUUGCUUAACCGCCAAGACGAGUUUGUCCAACACAUGACAGCUCGCAUCAUUGCCAAGCUGGCUUGCUGGCACCCACAGCUGAUGGAGAAGAGUGACUUACACUUCUACCUCUCAUGGCUCAAGGACCAACUUAAGACCAAUGCGGAGAGAGUGUCUGCCGAGUUAGAGCAUGCUGAGCAGGUUAUGUUGGAGCAUGAGAAACAACAUUUCUCCGAUAAACCGACAAAACAUCACAAAGACAAGGGUGGGGACAAGACUGACAACGGUCAAGAGAAAUAUUCGACCCUCCACGACACUUUUGAUGUUCUCAAACCGCAUGAGGAUUUGCCGCCCGGUCUCCAUAAGAACAACGACUACAUCCAGUCGGUGGGUCGCUGCCUGCAGAUGAUGCUCCGCACCGACGAGUACCGCUUCGCCUUCCUCUCCGUCGACGGCAUCUCCACUCUGCUGUCAAUCCUGGCUUCCAGGGUCAACUUCCAGGUGCAGUAUCAGCUGGUGUUCUGCCUGUGGGUGCUGACGUUCAACCCGCUGCUGGCCGAGAAGAUGAACAAGUUCAACGCGAUCCCCAUCCUGGCGGACAUCUUGAGCGACUCCGUGAAGGAGAAGGUGACGCGCAUCGUGCUCGCCGUCUUCCGCAACCUCAUUGAGAAGCCGGAAGACCAGCAGGUAGCAAAGGAGCAUUGCAUUGCCAUGGUGCAGUGCAAAGUGCUGAAGCAGCUGUCCAUCCUGGAACAGAAGCGUUCUGAUGAUGAAGACAUAAUGAACGACGUGGACUUCCUCAACGAACGCCUGCAGACCUCCGUGCAAGACCUUAGCUCCUUUGACCAGUAUGCUACUGAAGUUAAGAGCGGCCGUUUGGAGUGGUCUCCCGUGCACAAAUCCGCCAAGUUCUGGCGCGAGAACGCCGCGCGACUCAACGAGCGCGGCCAGGAGCUGCUGCGUACGCUUGUGCACUUGCUGGAGAAGAGCCGCGACCCCGUCGUGCUGGCGGUGGCGUGCUACGACGUGGGCGAGUACGUGCGCCACUACCCGAGGGGCAAACACAUCAUAGAACAGCUAGGCGGCAAACAGCGCGUUAUGUACCUGCUGAGUCACGAAGACCCCAACGUGCGCUACGAGGCGCUGCUCGCUGUACAGAAGCUCAUGGUUCACAACUGGGAAUACCUUGGCAAGCAAUUGGAAAAAGAGCAGAUCGAUAAACAGGCGGGAGGCACAGCAGUUGGCGCUAAGGCUUAAGAAGUUAUAUGAAUUGUUAUUGUUGUUGUCAAUGUUUAUAAAAUUGCAAUCAAGUAGCGAUAUUUAUUAUGCCAUACGACCUUUAAGUAUUACAACUAUUGUAAAUAGAAAAAUAGUGAAUAUUCAUGCAAUAUGUAUUAAUUAACUUUCAAUCCAGUGUCCAAACUAAAAUUCUUUAAAAUUGACACAAUCUGUGUGACAUUAUAUUUAUUUAUACAAGUUAAGUGUUGCCAGCGUUUAUAUAACAAAAUAAAAUGAUGUAUUUGCAAUCACAUUCCUAUAAUAUUUAUUAUAUUGUUAUUUAAAGUAAAUAAUCAUUCAAAAAUUCUAUAUUAUAUUUUGAAAUGUAGAAAUUAUAUAGUGUAUUUUGAAGUGUGUAAAUGUAAACUGGCACAUAAGUGAAUAAACUUUGAGUUACUAAUUA